CUCUGCUGCUCUUUUUCUGCUGACCCUGGAAGGCGCGUUGUCCGGAUUUCAGUGGGUCAGUGGGGGUCUCUGUCAUACGCCUCAAACUCAGCAGUGCAGAAAUGGCAAGCGACAGAACCAAGGCUCUGUCACUGAACAGCCCAGACAAGGAAGGCACUGAGGAGAGGGUCUAUGGAAAUGACUUUGCUGAGCUUGAAUCAGUGGAUUUGCCUUUAGGAACGACAUUAAGAUCUGUGUACGAUGACCAGCCUAAUGCACACAAGAGGUUUAUGGAGAAACUCGAUGCCCGCAUACGGAACCACGACCGAGAGAUCGAGAAAAUGUGCAACUUCCACCACCAGGGCUUUGUCGACGCCAUCACAGAGCUGCUCAAGGUCAGGGCGGAUGCUGAGAAGCUGAUGGGCCAAGUGACCGACACCAAUCGCCGACUCCAAGAUGCCGGAAAAGAGGUGACGUCCCAAACGGAGGAGGUCAUCCGCUGCAGGGUUCAGCAGAGGAACAUGGUCACCACCGUGGAGAAGCUGCAGCUGUGCAUGCCCGUUCUUGAAAUGUACAGUAAAUUGAAGGAGCAGCUGGAGUCUAAAAGGUACUACGCUGCCCUAAAGACGAUGGAGCAGCUUGAAAACAUUUACAUUCCGCGAGUUGGCCAGUACCGCUUCUGUCAAAUCAUGGCGGAGAACCUUCCCAAGCUCCGAGAGGAAAUUAAGGAGAUUUCCAUGUCUGACCUGAAAGACUUCCUGGAGAGUAUCAGGAAACACUCGGAUAAGAUUGGCGAGACGGCCAUGAAACAGGCCCAGCAACACCGCACCUUCAACAGCGCCCUGCAGAAGCAGGCCAGCGCGUGCUUCGCCAAGCCGCUGUACGCACUUAACGGCAGGACGGUGAUCCGGCCCGGCGUACCCGGCUCUGAGGAGCGGGCCGACGAAGAGGAGGACACAGAUGAGGAGGUUUUAACAGCUCCCGACCUAGUGGAUUUCUCACCCGUUUACCGCUGUCUUCACAUCUACUCUGUCUUGGGUGACAGAGAAACAUUUGAAAACUACUACAGGAAACAAAGGAAGAAACAGGCUAGACUGGUGCUUCAGCCACAGUCCAACAUGCACGAGACCGUGGAAGGCUACACCAAGUACUUCAAUCAGAUCGUUGGGUUUUUCGUGGUGGAGGAUCACAUCCUGCACGCCACGCAGGGGCUGGUGAGCCGAGCUUUCACGGACGAGCUGUGGAACAUGGCCCUGUCCAAGAUCAUCGCCGUGUUGCGCACCCACUCUUCCUACUGCAGUGACCCUGACCUGGUGUUGGAGCUGAAGAACCUCAUAGUCAUAUUUGCAGACACUUUGCAGGGCUAUGGGUUUCCUGUGAACAGACUCUUCGAUCUGCUGUUUGAAAUAAGGGAUCAGUACAAUGAAACGUUGCUGAAGAAAUGGACCUUGGUUUUCAGGGAUAUAUUUGAGCAGGACAACUACAGCCCCAUCCCAGUGGAAAAUGAAGAAGAAUACAAGUCUGUCGUCUGUAGGUUUCCGUUCCAAGAUGCAGAGUUCGAAAAGCAACCGUUUCCAAAGAAGCUUCCAAUGUCCCAGUCAGUGCCUCAGAUCUACACUCAGGUGAAGGAAUUCAUCUACGCCAGCCUUAAGUUCUCCGAGUCUCUCCAUCGCAGCUCGACUGAAAUUGAUGACAUGCUCCGGAAGUCCACCAACCUCCUCCUGACGCGAACGCUGAGCAGUGGCCUGCAGAGUCUUAUCCGGAAGCCCCACAUAGGGCUCACCGAGCUAGUUCAGAUCAUCAUAAACACCACCCACCUGGAACAAGCAUGCAAGUACCUGGAAGAUUUUAUCACAAACAUCACUAACGUCUCCCCAGAAACCGUCCACACCACAAGACUUUAUGGGCUUUCAACGUUUAAGGAUGCCAGGCAUUCAGCAGAGGGCGAGAUCUACACCAAACUCAACCAGAAGAUAGACGAGUUCAUCCAGCUGGCCGACUACGAGUGGAGCAUGGCGGAGUCUGACGGCCGAGCCAGCGGAUACCUCAUGGACCUUAUCAACUUCCUCCGGAGCACCUUCCAAGUUUUCACACACCUGCCGAAUAACAACAAUGAUCAUGCGGCGAUGUCGGGCAAGGUGGCGCAGACGGCCUGCAUGUCAGCCUGCAAGCACCUGUCCACCUCCAUGAUGCAGAUGCUGCUGGACAGCGAGCUCAAGCAGAUCAGCAUGGGCGCCAUCCAGCAGUUCAACCUGGACGUCAUACAGUGCGAGCUGUUUGCCAGCUCAGAGCCAGUGCCGGGAUUCCAAGGAGACACACUGCAGCUGGCGUUCAUUGACCUCCGACAGCUUCUGGACUUGUUCAUGGUGUGGGAUUGGUCCACCUAUCUAGCGGACUACGGACAGCCAACCUCGAAGUAUCUGCGCGUCAAUCCCUCCACUGCACUUGCACUUCUGGAGAAAGUGUACAGGGGAAUGAAGGACACAAGCAAAAAGAACAACAUUUUCUCCCAGUUCAGAAAGAACGACCGUGACAAACAGAAGCUGAUCGAGACGGUGGUGAAGCAGCUGAGGAGCCUGGUAAAUGGAAUGUCCCAGCAUUCCUAGAGGCAGGCUCCUUCAGACCGAACGAGACUGGACCGACGCCGCAUAUGAACAGGGCAAAAAUAAGAACAAUUUCACAAACCCUUACACACAUGAGCAGUGAAAAUUUUUUUUAAUGUAUUUUUAAUGGCUGAUAACUACGUUUUGUAUAUCGUGAAUGUGCUAUGAUUGUAACACCGCAAGCGGCUGGUGUUCCGGAUCAGUGAGAAUGUACUGCCCAGAGACCUGUGACUGGACCAUGAAGUCCCAAAGCAGGGCUGAUCUUCAAAGGUAUCUGCAAAAUGCUCCAUAAUGCAAUAUACUGUAAAUACAUUUAAGAGUGUGCAGUGCUCCCCAUAGACUGGAUGGAAACAGGAUGACGACUGAAUGGUCAACAUUUUCAACGAGGGACCCUGCAUAAUGCUGUCAAUUUAUUAUUUAAAAUGGAAAGACCUUCCUGUACACCCCUACCUUUAUGCAUACUUUUCCUUUCAUCGAGGGAAAUGUGUACAUACUUUUUAAGAAGUGAAAUUAAAGGUUUUAAGUAAUUCUGAGGUAAUUACUUGCAUCCAAAACACUACUUUGAUUUUUACUUUGUUUUGUCUCAGGGUGAACUGUCAGCUCUUAGGUUAAGAUGCUUUAGAAGGUUGUGCUAAAGUGUAAAAACAAGCAAUAAUUGGUUCAUUUCAGUCUCAUACACAGACCUGCUAACGGUGUGAGGAUGUAACAUUUCACAAUUGGGCUCUAGUCUUUUUUGGUCCAUACUACUAUAAUAGGCAUUUUGCACUGAAGAUUGUUUGCAUUUUUCUUUUUACAGAUGAUAAUGUAUUAAGAAAUGUACAGACAGCACAUUUGUUUUUAAAAAUGUAAUGCAAUAGAACUCAUGUUUACUCUGUUGCUUAAAAAUAUAUAUAUAUAAUAUAUAUAUACAGACACUCUACUUACGAAUGAGAUACGUUCUGAAUGGCUAUUCGUUAAAUGUUCGUAAGUCUUUAUUCAGCAUCAUUUUAAGGGUUUAAGCAAGUACAAAGAAUUAGGAUGCUGGUAGUACGCUGCUGCGCGGUGGGAGUAGCGGCCAGAAGUCAUACUAAGUGGAAUUGGCGCGCAGAGAAAAAAAAAUUAUGUUGCGGACAGGAAACGGGAGCCCAAGGAACACGGUUUACAAUUACAGUCCUCUUCGUUCGUAUGUCUGAAAGUUUGUAAGUUGAAAGUUCAUAGGUAGAGGAGCGUCUAUAUAUAUAUAUAUAUAUAUAUAUAUUAAUGUGAGAGAGAGAGGGGAAUGCUGGGAAGUUUUUCUUGACCCCGAAAGUAACUGCAUUUCAGUGUAUCGAUAACUAAGUUGUUUGAUGAAGGGAAAACUAAAUUGUCCUUUCAAAAUAAUUACUUGAUGCCUUUGUGCAUGGAAGGAACACGUGGGCCUGUUUGAUGUAACAAUGUAACAUAGGGAACCUGAAGAGAGAUCCAGAGGACUUCGCCUGGUAGUUUCCUAUGGCAGCCUGUGACAGUUCUCUGAAACUCGCUGUAGCCGACCUGUUACUCAUAUCCUUUUACUUAAGUGUUCCCUUCAACUCUCCUAUGCGCAGUUAUAAUAUGGUGACUGUGAUAAUCAUUUCAAGCCCUAAAAGGAUGAGCAUAAGCACACACUAACGAUCUUCCGUGUGCUCUCUUGAAUCCGCUCGUCGCACAUUUCCUACUGUACAUCGCUUUCUUAUUUGAGUGUUUGCAAUAAAUACAUAGCUCUUUUGCUUUAAGUAGAUGUUAUUUAAAUGUAAGAAAUGAAAUUCAAUGUAAAUAAAAAUUGAUGCUGAUUAUA